AUGCUAAAUCAAUCGGUUCUGUUUUUGACGUUGGGCGGCCGAGAGCUGUAUUCCCUGAUGAAGAAUUUAGCGUUCCCGAUUGUUCCUGCUGAAUUGCCGUUCGAGAAGUUGAAAUCCCUAUUGCUGUACCACAUUCUCCCAGUAGAUUUUCAGGCCAAAUUCAACUCAGUGAUGAAAGCUGCCAACAUGCCGUGCUGUGAUUUCAUCCUUCAGCUGAAUGAAAAGGCGUCAAAAUGCAACUACGGUGAUCGAUUGGAAGAACAACUUUGCGACCGUCUCUUUGCUGGAAUCAACAACAUCUCAUCACAACGUAAGAUGUUAGAAAAGAAAGACAUCACGUUUGAUGAGGCUCGAAAAAUCUGUGAGCAAAGUGAUGAUUUGUGUGCUGCCACAAAUGCGGAUACUCCUGUGUUAUUCCAUCGGCAAUCAACAAAACCAUUACGUGAUGCACCCAGUGUUCAUAAUUCACCCCCGGUUCCUCAAGUACCCAGUUCAAGCCAAACACAACUGAAGGCUGCGAACAACCGCUGCUUGUCAUGUAGUGAAUACCAUCUUCGUUCGACUUGUCGGUUCCGUAAUGCCACUUGCCAUGCAUUUGGUAAUCCAGCUUCCGUGACCACAUGUCAGGCACGACCGGGUACAGCUUCAUGUCGCCCAAUCACCGUUCAGGAAGCUCAACCAAUGGUACAUCGGGCGAACAUGACAUUCGAGUUAGUACAUGUGAUGCGUCGAUGCAAACGAUUACGUUAUCGGACGACGGUCCUUCAACCAAUCAUAUGGCCUAUCACCUUCUAUAAAACAUACUCUAAUUCUAUCAAUAAACAUAAGCAUUUGCUGCUAUCAAUUCCUCAUGUAUUUCAUUUAUAUCCGCAGUUCGGGUUGGAGCAAAUCCAGUACGGGUUCUCGUAUUCCUACAUUCAGUACUAUUCCGACUAA